CCAUUAUCUUGUCAGAGUAGCCUGGUUACCUAGUUUUUCUUGUCGCUCCUCGCCGCGGUCCUUUUACUUUUUUCGGGUCGAUUUGUUUACCCCCCAAAAAACUAUUUUAAAACAAGAAGAGCGCCCAACUGCAUCCGCCUUUACGAUAAUGGAGAAUAAUUGGCGAAUGUUCAAGUGUAAAUCUGGGGAAGUGUUAUUUUACUACAACAUGAUCACUGGUGAACACAGAUGGUCUAAUGGAGCAAACAUCCCACAAUGUGAGCCUGACUUGGAAAUAGGGAGUAGCUCAGUCAUGACCCAGUUAAGAACAAUCAGUACUCAGACAGAACCUGAAUCCCCUGAAGACACACAAGAAGCAGGGAGUUCUACAGAAUCAAGAAGCACAGGGACUGCAACAGAUCAAUUUGUCAAGAAAAGCACUAUCAUAUCUCUACUUACGGAUAUCAUGGUUGUGCUGAACAACAAUGAGUAUUAUACUCCAGCAAAGGUAUUUCAUAAAGAACCCAAGAUAGUCAUAGAAAGAGAGCUUCAAACAAGGGAGGAGUCUACCAGUGAGGAGAAUCAUCAGCCUGUAGCAGUGCCUAUGGAGCAGUCAGGAGCUUCUGCUUCACCAGCAUUGUCAGUACAGUGUAUAGAGACACAGCCAGAACAUAGAGGCAUCACAGAGGUAUCUUCUAAUGAACAACAAGGGAACAGUGUUACCCAUAGUCCAGGCAUCCAAGACCAAAAUGUUCUGUUUGAUCCACAUUUUGAUGGUAUGGGCACUAGCUUAGACAGGUCCAACUCCUUUCAGACAGACAUUGUUGUUGGUUCUAGAGAGAAUGCAAGAGAAGAAUCACUUAAUGAUACUACAAAUUCUGCAGAAGGAACAAGUGCACAAUUUCUUAAGUCACCUUUAGCUGUAUUUGAGUACCAUGAUGAAGGUGCAUACUCCAGGGUGACAUUACCAAGUAAAAGGAGUGUUGAUUUAAGUGAAGUGGUCACUGAUAGAAAUGACGCUAUAGAGGCACGGCCUAGUAUGCCAAAAGUGAUAUGUGCAUGGUCAGAACAUGAUAAUCUGCCUACAAUGGUUGGGAGUGAGCAACUGCAAAGAGAAGGAACCAUCAGUCAACAAACACCUGUUCAAGUAACACAAACACUAACAUCGCAAGUACAGCAAAGGGCCACAAAUAGUCAACAACAAUCACAACCCACUACUCCAUAUAUGGGACACCACCAAUAUUUUGCAGCACAGAAGCAGCAGCAACAACAACAGCAACAACAACAAAUGCAGCAAAGAUUAUCAACUAGUCUUCAACAUACAGCAGCAAGUACCCAGCGAAUGUCAUCUGGAAGCAAAGGAUCAUUGGCAUUAAGCUCUCAUACAACGCUACCAUCCACUAGUCAGCAACCAUCAUCAUCAACCAGCAAACAACAUGCAUCAACCAGUCAUCAAAGAGCAUCAACUAGUCACCAACAGGCGUCAUCUAGUCAACAACAGGCAUCAUCUGUGAAUAAGUACCAUAAAACAUCAAGCACUCCGACGAAUGCUGUGGCAGUUGAGUGUCCUACAUGCGGAGUAUCAAUGACAAGAUCAAGUUUACCCCGCCAUUUGAAAACUGUACAUCAAGCAAAGAGUCACAAGUGUAGAAUCUGCGGGAAAUACUUCUCGCGAAGUGAUCACUUGAAUCGUCACAUGAAGAGCCAUUCGAGGCGCAUCUCCUGCGACGUUUGUGGAAUGGAAUUUAUUAGUUUUCGCUCUCUAAAACGCCACCUCUCCGAAACCCAUCACAGCAAGAAACUUUAGUAAAAACCUCACACACCUUUCAACCAAACGAUUCUUUGAUAGUAUUUUCCCUCACGCUUUCCUCGACAGGUCUCAGGUCUAGUAGUCAGAUGCUAGCCGCUUGAUUUUAAAAUGCUAUAACGUUUCACGUCUACACCUACCAUCAUUACCACCUACCAUCUAAACAGGCACCAUUAUCCAUUAGUAGCACAGGCUGAUAAUGCUUAGUCUAAUGCCAAUAAUGCGUUUGAGCUCAGACUUUUAGAAAAUACGUCAUGAGCCAUUUUUAUUUUUAAGAAAUAUUUGUAUUAGUUUUAUUAUUUUAAUGGUUAUUUUGGGCUUCAGCAGUGUGUAGAUUAUUGUUCUCAAGCCCCGAUUCAAACACCUUGUAAUUUACCAGAGUUUGAGCGGCAUCGUUAGAAGAACUUCCCAUACUAUGUAAAAGAGUUAUCCAUUGCAAAUAGUAGAGUUAUAUAACUUUUAUCGUGUAUGUCAUGAUAUCAGAUAUUAGUCAAGUCAUAUCAGUAGGCUAUCAUCAAUCCUGUAUUCUGAUUGGUUGACCAAAUAGUAGCUAAAAGUGCCGGAAUUGGGAGCUAAAGAAUGGUAAAUGAACUGACUGGCAACGUUUUGGCUGUACAAAUUGACCUACUACUGUGAUAUCAAACAUUCCUCUCGCCCUUAACGGCUGUCGACUAAGAGCUUAUUCUCGAGGAAUAAUUGAUUAUUAUUGGGAUUGAGCUUUUCCUAGAAUAUUUUGCGUGAGUUGAAAGGUGUUUUGCAUUCUGGGAUUGUGUAUCUCUUUUGCCUUGAGUUUCUCUAUGCUUUGUAUUUUUUUUCGUAUUUAAGCUGAGUAUCCCCCCCUGGAAAAGGCGUCGAUUGUUCUCAUGAAAACAAUAUUGAUUACAAAUAAAAUUAUCUAUUCAUAGCAA